UUUAGCGUUGUAUUAUUUUACUGUUUAUAAUUGGCAUAAACUAAACUUAGCGUUUUAAUGUAAUGUUAGCUUAUUUAUAUAAUUAUACUCCUAAACUUAGAAAUUUACAAUCAAUCUCAUAUAGUUAAGAGCCAUGAAUAGGGUAAAAGAAGAACUGGAAUCCGAUAUUUUGGUGGCGUGUCGUGUUUGCCUAGCUUGGGAGGGCAGACUUUUUGACAUCAGAGAAUGGGGUCUAGACCAGGUCUAUGUGGAGAUUAUGGGCACAACUCUGUCAGCAUGGGACGGGCUGCCACAGCACCUGUGCGCGUGGUGCCGCGCGCAGCUCGCGCGUGCGCAGGCGCUGCGCGCGCGCUGCCGCCGCGCCGAAGCGCUGCUCAAGCAGGCACUCCUGCACCAACACUUUAUAACAAACAGCUACAUCCAAACUAUUGAUAGAAAAGCACACAAACUAACACAUCCUCUCUCUAACCACAUUACUAAAGAAACUAUAGAUAUUGUAUUUGAAGAAAUACAGACAAGCAAUGAUGUGAAAGAUGAAAUAGUGCCGGAUAUGAUAGAUGAUGAUCAUGUUGAUAUGGAUGAUGAUCUAUUUCUACCCAAUGAUGAUAUGAAACCGUUUGAUAUCAACUUUGCAGAUGUCUCUCUAGUUAAAGAUGAUGAUUUAACCGAAGUAAGUCUAGAUAAGAGUAAAAUUAUAGUAGAAGAAGAUAUACUACCUAAAAGAACAACCAGAAAAGCAUCUAAAAGAAAAAAAGCAGACAUAAUUGAGGUUGAAUCUCCUAAAAGGAAAAGAUCGGAAAAGAAAACUCGAGAGAAAGAAUCAUCAGUUAAAUUUGUAGUUAAAAAGAAGGAGAAACGUUUAAAGAAGAGCAAAAUUAAAAGAGAAGAAGAUUACAAAGAGUUUGAGAAGAAAUAUGACUUCCAAGUGAAGUGUUUGACAGAAGAGGAGAUGGUGGAAGAUAUGGAGAGGAGGAAAUUGUCUGACAAGGCCAUUAAGGGCGUGGUGAAGUGUCAGCUGUGCUAUAAAGGGUUUAUGAAUAAUACUACUUUGGAGAAUCAUAUGAAGAUUGCGCAUGAUCCGUCCGUUGGUUCGAAUGAGUGCCACCUCUGCCACUCUCGCUACCGCUUCGCCGUGAAUCUCCGACAACAUGUUCAGAAUGCGCACCAGCUCAUGUUCAAAUGCAGACAAUGCGGGGAAAUCGUGUGGGGCGAGUCGCACGCGGUUCUUCACGCCGGCAUACACGCGGGGACAACGCUGAAGUGCCGACAUUGUGACAAACAAUUUGUGAAGAAAACGACCCGAACGACACAUAUGCGUAUGGCGCACCCGGUGGAGAACGCGGCCGGGGGAACAUGCGAGGUGUGCGGGGAGACUUUCACGAGCCGGCGCGGCCUGCGGAGCCACAAGGCGCGCACACACAACAAGCAACUGCAGCCAUCGGUGCCGGGCCUGUUCUGCCGCAAGUGCCGCGUGCAGUUCGACUCCAAGCAGGCCCUCCAGCACCACAAACAACAGCAGGAGGGCCAGCGCUGCCACAACGACCACAGUGCGUGCGAGCAGUGCGGCGCGCUGUACCCGACCGAGGACGAGCUGAUACGUCACAAGCACGAGGCGCACGGCGUGCAGCUGUUCACAUGCGACGCGUGCUCCAAAUCCUUCCUGUCCAAGGUGUCCCUGUCCGUGCACAUCGACCGCGUCCACCUGCACAUCAAGCCCGUGCGGCCCAACCGGCCCAAGCCGGCCGGCGAGCGCCGCGGGCAGAAACCCAAGCCCAAGCAGAAGUUCAAGCUGGACAACAUGUGCGAGAUCUGCGGCAAGGCUUACUCGGUGAGUGGUCUACACACACACAACCGGCCCAAGCCGGCCGGCGAGCGCCGCGGGCAGAAACCCAAGCCCAAGCAGAAGUUCAAGCUGGACAACAUGUGCGAGAUCUGCGGCAAGGCUUACUCGGUGAGUGGUCUACACACACACAACCGGCCCAAGCCGGCCGGCGAGCGCCGCGGGCAGAAACCCAAGCCCAAGCAGAAGUUCAAGCUGGACAACAUGUGCGAGAUCUGCGGCAAGGCUUACUCGGUGAGUGGUCUACACACACACAACCAGCCCAAGCCGGCCGGCGAGCGCCGCGGGCAGAAACCCAAGCCCAAGCAGAAGUUCAAGCUUGACAACAUGUGCGAGAUCUGCGGCAAGGCUUACUCGGUGAGUGGUCUACACACACACAACCGGCCCAAGCCGGCCGGCGAGCGCCGCGGGCAGAAACCCAAGCCCAAGCAGAGGUUCAAGCUAGACAACAUGUGCGAGAUCUGCGGCAAGGCUUACUCGGUGAGUGGUCUACACACACACAACCGGCCCAAGCCGGCCGGCGAGCGACGCGGACAAAAACCCAAGCCCAAGCAGAAGCUUACUCGGUGA